GUUUGUGUGUGUGUGUGUGUGUGUGUGUGUGUGUGUGUGUGUGUGUGUGUGUGUGUGUGUGUGUGUGUGUGUGUGUGUAAUUCAGCAUUUGUCAGCGGGUGUUUUCAAAACACGUCGCAUUUGACAGCGAUAAGCUUUGACAUGGGAAAAAAGCCAAUGGCGGAUUUUUGGCUACCUUUGGCGGGACAACAACAGUGUGACAGGCAUUCCGUUGUUCGCGGCAAAAUCACACUUGUUUGAACAGUUCUUGCACAGUUCGGUUGCUGGCGGGCGCUAGUUAAAGGAACCUGUAUUACGGUGAAUAAUCACCAAUAUGCCACGAAGAUAAGUUUUUUAUGACCGCACCAGUUGGGUAUAAUGUAUGUGCGUGGAGGUGGAGUAAAGCGCACCAAAGGGAACGGAGCACACCGUAUGAACGAUUCCGCAGGUAACAGACAAUCGAGCGCGCUAACGUAAAAGAAAGGCAACUGUGUCUUCUCACCGUUUCGUUGAUCAUGAGCGAGAAAAAACCGCCCAAACGGCGAAGAGUGCGCGGUGGGCCAAAAAGGGCCAAUUUAAUGCAGCAUACAAUGCUUUCGCCACCCUCACCCAUCCCGGAGGAGGAGGAGGAUGAUGCCGAUUUCGAACCAUCGUCUAAAAAACGGUUCGACAAAUCGCUAACCAUGCUGACCCGUAGCGUCGUGAAGAUGCUCCGCGAAACUCCGGAUGGUGUACUGUAUCUGCGUGAUGUUUCAUCGACAUUAUCCAAUCGGCAGAAGCGACGCAUUUACGACGUGACGAAUGUGCUGGAAGGAAUCGGACUGGUGAAGAAACAAGUGAAGAAUCACAUCAAAUGGAUCGGCGAAGAAUUGACGACACAAUCAUGUCUGGGUACGGCACGUCAAAUUGGGGUGCACAUGAGAACGCGCCGUGAUCUGGAGCUGCGCGAAGCGUCUAUCGAUAAGCAGCUGAAAGCCCUACGCAAAAGUACGCAAAUGUUGCGCGACGAUACCGCAAUGCGAUCAUUUCUGUACGUGACUAGCGACGAUUUAACGUCCGUGUUUGGCAAUAACCGAACGCUGUUCGCACUGAGCGAGGAUCAGUUGGCGCGACGCCCACAACCGAUGGCCGAUGGUGGCGCACAACACACCGCCGCCAGCUGGUUAACGAUUCCACACGGUAGAAAUAUACGCCAGAUGUGGGCGAAAUCGCGCCCGAAGGGACCACCGUUAACGUUGAUGGUGCUGAAAGAACCGGCCGGUUCGUGCUUUACGCGACCAAGCCGACGACCAGCAAUACUUCGGGCAAACGCCGAACAGCGGUACGCGAAACUCGUAGAGGAAAAGGAAGAACUGGAAGAACCCGAAUGUCACAACAGCGAGUUGGGGAACGAAUCAGUGGAUGAGGAUGAGGAUGAGUACGCGAAGGUACGGCAACGCGAGCGUCUCGCACGGAUACUGCUGGACAAUUGUACCGAUGCGCACCACAGCCUGUACCGUCCGAACGGGUGGACGAACAGGAAAAGUGAAACGCGCGGGCUGCUCAUACCGUUCCUAGUGAUUAAGCCACGGUUUUACGGCAGCUACACGUUCGCACUGCAACCGCACGAAGGUGUGUUCGAUCUGUUUGGGUACGAAAUGGUCAGCAACCACCAAAGAGCGACGGAACUAACCGGGGGGCCACCAGCGAAGAAGGUGGUCCACCACCUGUCCGGUGAACGAUAGUUAGAAUCGGUUCGGUGUAUCGGGGUGUAAAGCCUUCCUCGUGUAUGUCGUGUCGUAUCGCGCAACGCUGACAAAAGGAAAUAUUGUUUGACCGUGUGUAGUAAUAACUUUUUAGACUAAUUUCUAUUCCUAAGUAUCCGACUGCCAGUGUGUACGUGUACGUGUAGAAAUUGUUUAACUGUGCUUUGGUUUAAAGGGUACGGUGAUAAAGAAAAAAAAUCGCGUAAACGAUAAAUGCGUUCCAUUACCGUUUGUAUAAUACUUUCACAGCUCCAUGCACGUCCACAAGUUGCUUCAUCUAAAUUAAAACCUAAAGUAAAAUUACUACAACGUGCGGUAUGUCUUUCAGUAAAUAAAUUAUAGCUCUGACCCCAUCAUAA